GACCAGACAAGAGCAGUGGAACCUCCCUGAAUCGCGUCAAUCGAGUAGCGGCGGCCAGCGAUGUCGGCGGCUGAGGGAAGGAAGACGGCGUGCGUCACCGGAGGGAGCGGCUACAUCGCCUCAGCUCUCAUCAAGCUGCUGCUCCAGAAAGGCUACGCUGUCAAGACGACUGUCAGAGACCCCGGUGACAUGGAGAAGAACUCCCACCUCAAGGACUUGCAAGCGCUUGGCCCCUUGGACAUCAUCCGUGCCGAUCUGAGUGAAGAAGGCAGCUUCGACCAAGCUGUUUCCUGCUGUGACUACGUCUUCCUCGUCGCCGCUCCGUUGAAUCUGAUGUCAGCCGACCCCGAGAGAGAUCUGGUCGAAGCCACCGUUCAAGGAACGCUCAACGCCAUGAGGUCCUGCGCGAGGGCAGGGACGGUGAAGCGCGUGAUCCUGACGUCGUCCAGCGCCGGAGUGUCCAGGAGGCCGCUGCAGGGCGACGGCCAUGUGCUGGAUGAGAGCUCCUGGUCCGACGUCGAGUACCUCAGGGCCAGCAAGCCAUCAACCUGGGGGUACUCGGUGUCGAAGGUGCUCGCGGAGAAGGCUGCGAGCAAAUUUUCGGAGGAGAACGGCAUCGACCUCGUCACCGUGUUGCCCGUGUUCACCUUGGGCGCGGCGCCGGUCUCCAAAGCCGCAUCCAGCGUUCCCGUCACCCUCUCCUUGUUGUCAGGUGACGAGGCGCAGUUGGCCAUCUUGGAAGGCUUGCAGUCCGUCACCGGCACCGUGUCGAUAAUCCACGUGGAGGAUCUCUGUCGCGCCGAGGUGUUCGUCGCCGAGAAUGAGUCCUCGUCUGGGAGGUACAUCUGCUGCAGCCACAACAUCACCGCCUUACAGCUCGCUCGUCUCAUGGCACAGAAAUACCCGCAAUACAAUGUGAAUGCCGAUCGAUUUCGUGGGUGCCCCGAGCAACCGAAAGUGUGCAUUUCGUCACAGAAGCUUGUUGGGGAAGGGUUUGUCUUCAAGUACGAGAGCCUGGGUGAGAUUUUGGAUGACCUUAUUGAGUACGGCAGGGCCACGAGGAUUUUACUCCACUGACAUGUUGGUCAGCAGCCGAUCUAUAUGUGAUCACAACAAAAGAUGCGCUUUAAAAUAAGUAAAGUCUCACGACUGUGUUUGUGUGUGUGCGCAAAUA